CGUCUUCAAAAUGGCGCCUGGAACAACAACUCAGGUAGGAAUUUGAAAAAUAUAUCGCCUUUUUCAUGGGAUUAAGAGCGAAAUAGUUCAUGAAACGUUAUAAAAAUGUUUUAACUUUAAUUUUUGCUACCUUAAGUGCUGUCAAUCAAUAGUUUCUCCUUAUGUAUGCUGUGUUUUCACGGUAAAAUUUAGAUAGGCAAAUCGUCGAAUUUUGUUUAUUUACCUGUUAUUUAGAACUAGUUUGUUGCUAUGGGCGAAACGAUCUAUCAAGGGACCAAGCUUGCGCUUUUCAUUUCUUAUUUUUGCUACGAAGACGUCUUACGAACUUUAUUUACAUCGUCUGGUUCUAUCGAAAUUGUAUUUAUGUCGAAUAUGUACAGCUGAUACCGUGUACGUAUGUGUGUGACGUGUAUGUAGCCUGAACCUGAGAUAUAAAUUUAACCGCAACAUAUAUCUAUAGUCUUUCUUUUUAAUACCGCGGGAAUUGAGUCUUAAACAGUGAUAUACUGAAAAGGGCUCUUUGAAGUGGAUUGUUUUAAUGAUAAAAUAUUUCAUUAAAAUUAGUUAAAUAUUAUAGUGAAAAGCAGCUUAGUUUUGAAGGAUUCAUUCCUUUUCCAUAUAGAGAAAUUCUAUCAGUACUUGAUGUAAAGCUAUGCCAUUUACAACCGGCAACAUAACAUUAUGCAGGGCUACAUAAUGUUAUGGCAUUUGUUGCAAUGUAAUAAUUUAUUGUUGUGUGACCGAAGUAUCUGCAAUAUUUAUCCUUCUUGUCCAUUUAAUAUAUAAUAUCCAUAAACUGGACACCUCUAGUAGUGGUGGCAUGUAUAUAUGGAAUACUUUGCACAGUGUGGAGACGUGUGUGGCCUCUUUGUUUCUCUUCACCCAGGUGUAUAAAUGGGUACCAGCAACAUACUGCUGGGGGUUAACCCUGCGAUGGACUAGCAUCCUGUCUAGAGGGGAGUAGCAAUACUCCUUAGGUGUGUGAAUCAUGCUAAUGAAACUGGAAUAAGCUCCGGCCGUUUGGACCUUUCGCUCGUGUGCACCUUUACCUACCUACUUUGCACUGUAAAGAUUAAAGAUGAUGAUGAAAUUAGUGAGGGUGAUGAUGAUGAUGAUGAUAUUGUAUCUCUAUAGGAUGCCAGUCCAGACAAUACAGAAGGACAACAAAGUAACACAAUCAUCUUUAAUGCCUCCAAAGGAGAACUGUUCACACCUGCAAAUGGAUUUAAAUCACUAGUUCGCAAGUUGAGAUCUAACUGGAAAGUUAUCACGUAAGUAGGAAACAUCUGUCAUAGUGACAAUUUGCCUUAAUUGUUUUAAAAUUUGGAACAAUGUGAGAUUUUAGGGCAUAUUGUGAUGAUAGAUAGACCAUUAAAAUCCCGGUUUUCAACUUGACUAUAAAAAUGUCUAAUCUACAACAACAACAACAGUUUUAUGAGUUAAGUACCUAAUCAGAAUGAAGUUUAGCUUAAACUUUUUGUAACCUACAUGUAGGUUGAUUCUCAAUUUACUUUGUCUCCUAACCCUAAUGUAUAAUUAAGGCUAGGAGAAAAUAGAAAUUGAGAAUCAACCUUAAUUUUAUUUUGACCUAUAACAUUCUACGCAUUCACACUUGCCUGCAUUCAGUAAAGCUAUUUGAGGCAGUCAGUGUGGAUACUACAUAAUUUUAGAGACGUUAUCAUUAAAUUUCGUAUAAUUUGGUUAAAUGUAAUUUAACUAAGUUAACCACCACAAGCUUAGCGGUCAAGCGGUUCAUAAGCUUAGCGGUCAAGCGGUUCACAAGCGUAGCGGUCAAGCGGUUCACAAGCAUAGCGGACAAGCGGUUCACAAUCUUAGCAGUUAAGCGGUCGACAAGUUUAGCGGUCCACAAGUUAAGCAGUCAAGCGGUCCACAAGCUUAGCGGUCAAGCAGCCCACGAGCGUAGCGGGCAUCCAGCAGUCAAUCCCAUAAGUGCAGGCUCACAUGGUUUGUGGUAGCUUUGUACACGGCUAGGAUCUGCGAGUUCUUCAUCGAGCUUUUGUGCAGUGGUCUGUGGAGCGGUUCAUUUAGCGUCUUCCCCCCUCCCAUCCCUAUUUUUCUUCCUUCCACUGUUUCAUCAGUGUGAUGGGUGCCUGGAAUGCGGGCUCAUGGCUGGGUUGCGGGGAUUUGCCAGCCAUGGGGGCAGUUUUCUAUCUAGGGGCUGGCUGGCCACAGUGGAAGCCCCUGGGUAUCCCAGGCACCCACCUUCCACUUAAGCGAGGCAGCUGGUUAACAAUAAUUUUCAUCAAUGUAAUACAGCCUUGGGUCAGUUAUUUGCAUCGUGUUGAAUAACAAAAGUGCUUUUUGUGUUAUUCUCUGGCUAGGUUAUUUCUGAAGUUGGUACUUGAAAUGAAUGUACAUGUAACAUUAUUGCUAUUGAUUAUUGGAUCAGUGUAAGAUUUUGGAAACUGCCCACCUACCACCUCCCUAUUAAACUGAUUUUUAACAUUUAGCUUUUCAGUUUGGAUAAAAUUUUAGCUCAGGGUAGGAUAAGUGGGAAAUUUACCAGAAUCUCAUUACUUCUUAUUGUUUUAGUGCAAAAAGUGUGCAAGCAUGAUACGAUACAGCACCACAACCUGUUUUAAAAUUUGAUGUAUCAUUUAACAGAAAUGAUGAGGAAACAACUGUUUCUUCUGAACUUCAAAUAUAUUAAGUGCUGUAUGACUUUUAUAUGCUUUUACCUUGAUUCUAGAAACAAAGAUGAAAUAACCGUAGAAAGAAUAGCAACAGCCAAAGUUAUUAUAUUUGGAGGACCAAGACGAAAGUUCACUGCAAAUGAGGUGAAUAUAAACAUAUUUGAAUAGUUUAUUGUACUCUUGUAUGUGGGUUUUAGUUUAGGGAAACUUGGACAUAAGGGAUUGCAAAGGCAUUAUUUUUUAAGUUUUGAUUAUGAGACUACACUUGUAGAGCAAGGAAUGCUCCUUUACCCAUUUCUUAAACCCCUCAUAAUCAGGCCUAAUAUUCUAUAGCUUGUGCUAAAUGCUUGGUGGGCCACUCUUUCCUUCGUUGCCUGUAUAUUGUACCAUUACCAGUACCAUUUUCAAUUUUUCCAUAAAAUCUAUGCUUAAUUAAAGGGUAAAGUGUAUAUUGAAGAGAUUACAGCCUAGGUGUGAGAUUUAGAAUCAAGACUUAAGACUUAAUGUAAUCUGAAACAUUUAUUUCAGUUUGAUGCACUCAAGCAAUACAUUGAAAAAGGUGGAAACCUACUGAUUUUGUUAGGAGAAGGAGGAGAGACCAGAUUUGAUACCAACAUCAACUUUCUAUUAGAAGACUAUGGAAUAAUGGUGAACAAUGGUAUGAGAAAUAAUUCAGGCCUACCGACCCCUCAUGCAUUCAAGGAGAAAGUAGGGGUGAUCAAUACUGUCCCUCCCAUCCAACCAUCCAGCGCAGAAAUCUGUUCAGGGUGAAGGAGUUUGUCCAUUAACCAAUUCACUUCUGGCCCUGGUUGUUCAAGCGAUGUAUAGGGCUAUCCACCCAAUUAGUUUGUUAUCCAAGUUUUAGUAGAGAUUUAUCUGGCAGAUAGCGCGAUCCACCCUUUGAACAACUGGGGCCUAGAAACUUAGCAAGUGCUUUUCCAAGCUAGUCAAGCUGUUCUCUGCUCACUGUCUCACCAAAAAGAACCAAAAGUUACCAAAAAGCUGUUUACAUUAUUGGAGCACUGUGCUGCCAUCUAUUCCUCAUGAUGCUAAAAUAAUUACAUCCUCUCAUGGUCAGGUAUGCACAGAAGGCAAAGUCUCGCUUUCUUUCCUCCCCUAACUUGACUGUGGCUUUUCGAUCUUACUCUCUUUUUGUCUUCUACUGGGCACUCAACCCUCUUACCCCUAGGAAUUUUCUUAAAAAUUGUGGUUGCCAUUUCGAAUUUUGCUUAAAUUACACCUGGUGGAGAACUGUAACUCAUAGCUUUUCAGUAUACUCAAACAGGGAAAGCAUGUUCUAGCAGUAAUGGUUGUUUAUAAUGUAUACAAUUUAACUAUAAGUUGAGAGGAGGUAGUAUACAGCGGGUUAUACCCUUGGCUCAUCUUCAGGUGGGUCAUUCGGUCAUCUUGUGCUGCUCAUGAAUGACUGUCUUUCUUCUCCCUCCAUCUCUCCCUUUUCAUUGUUUGUCAGUGUGACAAUGAUAAAAAUAAAAUAAAUAAUAUAAUCUUUUUCACAAACACAGAUUCUGUUGUCAGGACAGUGUAUUACAAGUAUUUCCACCCUAAAGAAGUUUUAAUAUCAAAUGGAGUCUUGAAUAGGUGAGUACUGGUGUAUAUUCACACGUUUGUAGUAAGGGCACCAAAGGGACACACCCAGAUGUUCACAAAAUAUCUACAUGUAUUGGUGUGAAUGGUAUGACGUUUGGUAUCUCUGGAACCAAUUGAACUGUCCAUAAUAGAAAGGUGCAGAGAUGCAAACCACUGGAGAUCUUAACUCUGGAGACUCCAUUUUGCAGUUGCCCCAUCAAAAACCACUGCAACACCCUCCUAUAAUCACAAAGUGACCCAGUCCCCAAAUUAUAACAUGGGGGUGGCUCAAACAUUAGUUCAAAUUUUUACAUGAAUCACCAGGCAUCAAAAGUAUCUGUGACAUACAUGCAAAAUUGCCGCAGGAAGUGUACUAUGAUUGACAAAAAUACGGAAUUUUGGGGAAAAAUGGGCUUACAGUAAUUCAAAACUGUCGUUGUAACAAAAAGCUCAAAAUUUACCUUAAUUUACCAUGUAUCUGGAAGAUUUGGUGACCCCUACAGGAAAGAUUUGUCCUGUGUCCCAAGACCCGAGACUUCUUUCAAAUAAUCUGAGAGUGUUGGCAUUUAUUUUUAUAAGGUGUCAUAAGGAGGGGUGCAACUAUACUGUCUGGCAAAAAUGGUUACAAUGACAAUCAAAGGUGGCCAUUGUUGAGAGUGCAUUCCAUUUCAUUGUCACUGCCCAGUUUCUAAUGUAAAUUUUUUUUGUCUUUUGCGUGUUUAGAGAGAUCAAUCGUGCUGCUGGAAAGUUUGUCCCUGGAUCAACAGAUUUUGAUAAAACAGACCUAGGACAGUAAGUAUUGCUGUGUAACAAAGUAAUAGGUUGUUUCCUUUUGAGAAAUACAGACAUUCUUUACUGCUGUUCAGGAUUUUUUUUUUUUCCUCUGCUGGGCUUUAAGUACAAGGUAGUGCAAGACUCUUCCCUUAAUUGCUAGUGAAGGGAUUGUGCUUCCAUGUUCCCAGGGAGUUUUGAGCAUUUCUGGUGUGAACUUGUUAACUACCAUUGUCUUUGAUUGACAUUGUUUGUACUUUUAGGUCUCUGACAUUUGUGUUUCCUUUUGGUGCAACCCUGAAUGUGGUCAAACCAGCCAUAUCUGUGCUUUCAUCUGGCAGUGUGUCAUUUCCUCUUAACAGACCAGUCUGCGCCUUUCAUUCGUCAAGGGUAAGUUCUUUUCAGGUUUAUAACCCCUGUAUUUUUUUGUUUUUAACCUUACAAAGGAACAGAUCCUUGAAAACAUACUGUAACCAUUAAUUUUUUCUGGUAGUUGUUAUGGGUGCUGAAAAUAUGACCUGCUAACAGUUGCUAACAUGUUAGGAAAAUUUUGGAUUAUUUUUUUUUCUUUUCUUGAAAUUUCGGACUCACUGAGGAGAAACAGUAAGUGGUGUUGAAUUAGGCUGUUCACUUUAGACCAAAACAAAGUAGAGAACAACCUUGUUGUCAAAACAUCCUUUUUCACUUCCAGUCUUAGAUAGGUUUCACAAUAUUUAACUUGUAAGUCUUAGAUAGGGUAGCAGAAUUGGGGUUAUUAUAGGAGUUGCAAUUUAAACCUCAGCAGAACAACCCACUCAAAUCUAAGUUUUUUUCCCCCAGGAUAUUUUUCAGUGGUUCUUUUCCAUUAUUCAUUAAUUUCAAAGGAAUAUUUCUUCUUCUUAGUAUUCAAAAGGAAAAAUGGCUGUCCUAGGGUCUGUGCACAUGUUCAGUGAUCAAUAUCUUGACAAAGAAGAAAAUGCCAAAGUUCAGGUACAGCUGUAGGUUCUGUUUUUAAACUAUUAUCAUGCAAUGUUAACCUACAAUUUUGCUUACUAUUUAAAAAUAUUUUACCUUUUAUCUUGGGCUGGCUCCUGGUCUUAAUGUUAAAAUUUGCAUGUGUUAGUGACACUAACUGCAGAAGAGCUGUGACAGCGGGACUUCCAUCCCUAACAAGUCUAACCGUGGCAGAAUAGCUCAUGGGAUAGCUGAGGCCAGGUAAAGAACAGCUCAUGGCCCUCCUGGAACUUGGGAUUUGGGUUGUGGCCUAUGCAAUCACCUACCUGCAGAAAUCACCAGAAAUCUUUAUUGAUCAAAAUCAACCUUCUCUUUCAACCACUGUGGUUAGCAUCAAUCAAUCAAUCAAUCAAUCAAUCAAUUAAUCAAUAGACUUUAUUGUAAGAGAGGAGCACGUGACAGUAGUGAAACUGAUGCACUGUAGCCUGCACGCAAGCUUUCCUACUUGGGUGAGCAAAGUGAGCUGCGCAAGACCCCUUCUUUCGCAUCUCCUCUUGCAUGCUCCUCGCACGUCUACUUUUUACGAUAAUGACCCUGUGUCCCUAGUAUGCCUAGAAAGUUGUGUCCAGUAGUCCAGGACUAGUGGAUUUUGUUGUCUAUAGGCUAGUGAAUUCUGGUUAGGUGUGCCUGUUUGUGGGGUAUUCAUAACUUACAGAAGAACGGUAAUCAGUCCUGCUCUUCAAACAUUUGUUUUGGGCUAGUUGAAAUUACUCUCCGGCUAGUUCAUAACUUACUUUCUUCACACCCUGUGGUACCUUGCCUAGGUAAGCAAAGUAUGCAUGAGUGAGGUACACAUCACAGCAGCUGACAGAGCUGGUUGAUGGGAUAGUGUUGAGGCUUUAUCUGAAACAUGACACGUCUAGGAGAGUUGAGGGUAAAGAGUAGCAUUUAUUUAAGAAGGUAUCUACAGUAAUGUUAAAGCAUCCACUAACAUGACUGACUGUAUCUUUUUCCUCAAGGAUGUGGUUUUUCAGUGGCUCACAACAAAUGAUAUUCAACUCAACAAUAUUGAUGCAGAGGACCCUGAGGUAUGCAAUGUCUUUCUGCCACAUUGCAACUUUUAAGUUGGUAUUCUUGGUUUGCAACCAUGUGACAAGGCAGCCAUGUUGGUGGUCAAUACAAUAGAAUAUUUUCUCGAAGAAUUUACAUAAAAAUACAGUUAAGUUCCCAGAGGAGAGAAAUACUUUUAUUCUUGACCACCAACUUGGCCGCCGUGAUAUCACCUGAAAACCAGAAAUUGCUUUGAAUGAGAAGUAAGUUGGUGAUCAUUGGUAAGUCUCAAGAUCUUAGUUUAAUGUCAUCAAAGUUGCACUGUUAAUUUUUUUAGUCUUAACAGUUUUUUUCUUGGCAAACCCAUUUCAGAGUGUAUUAGGUUUUUAUCCCAAUUUUAUUUCAUUUAAUUUAUGCAUGAAUUUCACAAUGAUCGUGGAUGAAUAUCUGAAUGACCUUAUUAUUCUAUGUUCUUUGUGCAGGUAUCAGACUACCAUUACAUUCCAGACAUCCCUAAAAUGUCUGACAGGCUGAGAGUUUGCCUUCAAGAAAAUGAUGAGGUAAAAUUUUAGUUGACAACUAUAAUUUGAAAUGCUCAUUUGUAUCGCUUGUGUACAAACAAUAGUCUAUUCAAAGUGGUUUAAUUGCAAAGAAUUCCUCAAAAAGGGAGUUUUAGUGGUGGGAACUGUUGGUAAAAAGAUCUCCCUAAAACAAAAGGAAGGAAAUUUCUUAAAAAAUGCUAAUAAAUAAAUAAAAAUGUGCUGUCCUAAAAUAAAACUAUUAUUAGAUAUUUUGAAACUGAGCUGUCAGUUCUUUAGUUAUCAGUCUUGAGUUGACAGGGGUUUUUUACUAACCACCAACGAAAUAUGUCAGCUACUUUGCUCACAGAAGUCCGCUACUUUUUUCCUGAUAGGAGAAGCAGCUAUAUAGUUUUGAAAAUGUCGUAAACAAAAUAUACCGUAGAUGGUUUUCAGUCACGUGGUCAGCAGCUUUGGAAUAAAAGAGAUUUUUAACCUGUGAAAAGAGUUCAAUUCCUACAGGAUGUUUUUUGUACACAAACACGGCCGCUGAUUCAUUGUUUUGUACACAAAUAUGGCCACCGUGACGUCAUGUGAAAAUGAUCUAUACAUAUCGUCAUUUGUUCAUUGCUUGUAGGGGUUUAUUGUGUGGCUGAUAAAUCGAAACUUGAAUGAAAGCUAUCUCUUACUCAGUUUAGUCCCCAGGAUGCCAGAAAUCACAUCUUAAGGCUUUGAAAUUUCAAAAUUUUCUGGGGUACCACACUACCAGACCCCAGUGAAAAAGGGGACAAAAGGGCCCUUGUUGAUACAGUAACUGUUGGUUUCUCUGUUCAAUCCUGCUGGCUACGUCAAUUUUUAUUGAAACCCCUGAGAUGAUCUACAUACAGAAUAGAAUUUACCCUAUAAAGAUUGUUUACUGGGGUAUUUGUAUUUCAUAGUAGAGUUAGUCCAUGCUAACCAAUCAAAACAAAAAAAGGUAGAACUCUGAGCUUUGUCUCAUCAUACCUCAUCAUUGCCUAAUCAUACCUAAUGAUAAUUGCCUUCAUUCACCGUGAAUCAGCAAAAUAAGACAGAUGAAAUGGUGACAGACAACACAAAGAUGGAUUGACACUGUGCCAGUGACUAAGACAAGGACAGACUAAUACUAAAUACCAACAAAGACAUAUGGCUCCCUCCUCAAUAUGCAAGACAACGUGUCUAGAAAUUCAGACUAGGGACAUGAGUAACCCAGUAAGAGGGCCUUAUACAAUUUUUUUGUAAAUCUUAGGGGUCAUGAAUCAUACAUUUUUUUGUUUAAAUUUCUAACAAUAUUAAUUAUAUUUUUUAUUCUGUUACUCUUUAGAGUGUGGGAAGGGACAUCACCAAGAUGUUUGAUGAAGAUCUUUUUAAGUUGGACACAAGUGUUGUUCCUGCUGCCAUCAGGUAAUUAUUACACUAAUAUUGGUGUAUUAAAACUUAUGCAUUGGCUCGAAGGCUUGGGAGAAUAAAUGUUUAUUUAAGAGUUUAAACGUUUUUCGAUUGCUAACUUAUUUACUUGUUAGAUAAUGAUGAAUAUUAUUUUUCAGAGCAUAUGAGGAUCUUAGGGUCAAACAUGAACCACUUCAGCUGAUUACUCCUCAGUUUGAGACUCCUCUUCCUCCUCUUCAACCUGCUGUAAGUUUAUUGUAGUCCCAGAGUGCAUUCAAAACUUGGCUGAGUAAAUGUCUAUUCAACGGCAAGAUUAUUUUGACCCACGGACUGUUGUUUAUUUUUUAAACACCAGAAGGUUGACAAAAUCGUAAACGCUUGUAACUGUAUAUUGAUUCUCAUCAUUCAGAGACAGAAGCUUCAGCUUGUUGUUGAACCACUCAGCCAGGGUGUGGUUAUAGGCGCUGGUUGCCCCUACAACAGAACGCAUACCUAACGUCACCUUGUGGGUUAUGGUAGUCUAUACAAUUGUGCUAAUCUAGAGCCUGAAGGACAAACGGAAUCAGCAAUUUCCUUAGGAAAGCUUUUAUUCAUUCAUUCAUUUAUUUAUUUCAUCGCUUUCACUAUGGUUACAAUAAUAAGAUAAGACAAGGAUAAAAUAUACAUUUGAAAUAGACUACGAGUAGUCCCCCAUUUUUCCUUAGGGAUAGUGGAGCGUGCGAAACGCGGCGCGCUUGAAAAUCACCCCACGCGAGAAAGGCGAGACGCGGCAGGGAGAGAGAAGCCUUUUCUCGCGUGGGGUGAUUUUCACGCGCUCUCGUUUCGCUCGCUCUACUAUGGGGAAUACUCGUAGUCUGCAUUUGAAAAAAAAUACAAGAACGCGUGACGAUGAUGCGGGACAAACAACAGAGCGAGGCUCCAAGAUUUUCAGUAGAUCGACUUCCAGGUGUUAAAGUUAUUGACGUCAUAGUUUGUAGGGAAAGCAGCGGAGUAGCGUAAGAGAAGUAAGAGUGCUAGUGGAUUCAGGCAGAGUAUUCAGAUUAUUCUAGUCUGAAUACUAUUAAAGUGACUAAAUUGAAAGAGUUUUUUGCGAGACUUUGGAAUUAGAGCUGUGGCGAGUGAGACGAGUGCCUUUAGGCUUAACAUAAUCAUCUGUGGGUAAGGAACAGAGGUCUGCGCGACACUUGAAAUAAAAAAAUUAGAUCUUUCUGUCACUUUCACUUCAUGCAAGUAUGUUAACGGCAGCAGAUUGAGGCGAGAAAGGCGGUCAUGAUGAGAAAUAUCCUCUUGUCAGUGCGUGUUCAAGAUGAAUUUUGUAGCCCUGCGUUGAAGACUCUCUAUUCAGUUUUGUUGUUUGUUGUUGUUGUUAUUUUGUCAAAGUAAUCCUUACUUGAACUAUGCUGUGUCUGUUUACUGCAGGUAUUUCCUCCAACUUUUCGUGAGCUACCCGGUCCAGCGCUUGAUUUGUUUGAUUUGGAUGAAAGCUUUUCAUCAGAAAAGUCGAGAUUGGCGCAAAUCACCAACAAAUGUAAGUGCAUUAAACCACCUUAACCUCCUCUAAUACUAGGGUUAACUGUUAGCAGUAUCGGUAGUAGUACUUCUUAGCUUUCGUUUUGUUGGGAUUGUUCUUUCAGUCUGUAGAGUCAUCUGUGUCCUCGCGUUUGCACUCGAUUAGGCUCCCUCGCAGCCAUUUUGUCUCUCGUUUAGCGCUCUAUAGACCCUCCCCCCCCGCCUUUUUUAACUUUUGACACAACCGUUGGCGAAUAUCCGUUGACACUGUUGAAAAGAGCGUCUCAAUUAACUGAGUUGUCACGUUUGAGAGUGAUAAUGACAAAAACGAGCGAAGAUGUAGUUCCGUAUAAAGUUUGCAAAAUUUUGUAGAUGUUUGAACCUCAUAAGUCAAACGUCUUCAAAGUUUGGUGACUUUACGUAGUAUUGUCUCAUUGUUAGUUUUCAACAUAUCAGGUUACUUAGGAGUACCCCUAUGAUGCCAAUAGUAUUUCACUAAGGAGGUAAUAGCAGCAUUUCCAGCUGCCCUGUGCUACAGAUCUUUACUGUAUUUAGCACAGGCCGUAUUGGGGGCCCUGUUCCUUUUGUGCGACUUUACCUUACUGUGCUUUGCAUCGACGUUUCUUCAGGUACUGAAGACGAUCUUGAGUAUUAUGUGCGAGAGUGUGGUGAUAUCCUUGGUGUCUGUAGCAAGCUGCCAUCAGACUGCAGAGAUGCUAAACACAUCUUGGAUUAUAUUUUCCAUCAAGUGGUAGAAUUCAAAAAGUUAAAUCAGGUAAGUAAGAGGUUAAGGUGGCUCGACUGGAUUUUUUGGGGUUGAUACCUUCCAACUUUGAGCAUUACCUACGUCGGCAUGAUUAAAGAUAUAGAAGAAAGGUUACCACAACUGUAUUAUAUAAAGAUGAAAAUUUCUUAUGAUCUGGGUUUUAUUGCAAUCGGAGUCGCCAUGGCAACGUAAUGACGUAAUUACGUUUUUCAUGUAUCUUUGUGUUUCUCUGUUCCACGAGUUUUUUCAAAAAAUCGCUUAAGGGAGUAUGUACCUGCUAUAAUUGCCUCCAUUAUGGUAAAGUUUGAACAAAUUCUAUGAGAGCGUUUUCGAAGUAUUUUGAAAUGCAGUUUUAAGAAUGAUAAAAACUGUGAAAUAGCAUGCUACCUACACAAUUCGCUAAUAUUUUAAGAAAAUGAUAAGCUUUGGGAACGAGGCUUCAUCUCAUCGUGGUUUGACUCCAUUGAAAACUGCCUACGAAAAAAGAGGGGAAUUGCUCCGGGCGAUCGCGAGUAAGAAGAAUUUUAUUAACUUGCAUUUAGCUGCUUUUGAUACAGUUUUUGGACGUAAUUUGGUCCAUCCCUAAAAAUUUCGCAUUUUUCCAAAAACUGCUCGAUAAAUUUUUUUAUAAAUUCGACAAUCCCGAGAUCAAUUGUCAAGAAAUAUUCCCUGCAAGUUUCAAGAACAUUGAAAACGUGGAAGGCUUUUAAAUAGGGCCUCAAAUAUAACCAAUUUUUCCCCUAGAUUUUGGGUUUACAAGUGAGCGUACUCAUUAUUCACUGGCAUUGUUUUCAAGUUUCAUAUACACGUGCACAUUUAGCAAAAAGAUAGAAUUUGCAUCAAAAAGGACCCUCGGUUAAAUCUUCGGGAUAUGCUAAUUACCGGGUAAAGAGAUUAAUGAUACAUUAUAACAUCAGAGCAACUCUUUGUGAUAGUUUCUGUGAUGUUAUAACCCGAGUAAGAUAAUUAAGUAUUCCAUCCUACACGAUGAGCCGUGACGUUCACCGUUUCGGCUCUCACUGCUAUCUGUGACGACAAGCCAACUAUUAGCAUAUUCCUGAUAUUUCUUCGGAAAGUAAUCGAGAGUUCUUUUUUAUGCAAAUUUAUAUCUUUUGCUGGUUGUGCACGUGCAUAUGAAACUUGAAAACAAUGCCAGUGAAUAAUGAGGACGCUCACUUGUAAACACAAAAUCUGGGGGGAAAAUUGGUUAUAUUUGAGGCCCUAUUUAAAAGCCUUCCCUAUUUUCAAUGUUCUUGAAACUUGCAGGGAAUAUUUCUUGACGAUUGAUCUCGGGAUUGUCGAGUUUAUAAAAAAAUUUAUCGAGCGGUUUUUGGAAAAAUGCGAAAUUCUUAGGCAUGGACCAAAUUACGUCCAAAAACUGUAUCAAAAGCAGCUGACUGCAAGUUAAUAAAAUUCUUCUUACUCGCGAUCGCCCAGAGCAAUUCCCCUCUUUUUUUGGACGCAGUUUCCAAUGGAAUCAAACCACUAUGAGAUGAAGCCUCGUUCUCAAAGCUUAUCAUUUUCUUAAAAUAUUAGCGAAUUGUGUGGCUAGCAUGCUAUUUCACUGUUUUUAUCAUUCUUAAAACUACAUUUCAAAAUAUUUCGAAAACGCUCUCAUAGAAUUUGUUCAAACUACGCCAUAAUGGAGGCAAUUAUAGCAGGUACAUACUCCCUUAAGCGAUUUCAUCAAAAAACUCCUGGAACAGAGAAACACAAAGAUAAAUGAAAAACGUAAUGGCGUCAUUACGUUGCCAUGGCGACUCCGAUUGCAAUAAAACCCAGAUCAUAAGAAAUUUUCAUCUUUAUAUAAUACAGUUGUGGUAAUCUUUCUUCCAUAUCUUUACUCAUGCCGACGUAGUUAAUGCUCAAAGUUGGGAGGUAUCAUCCCCAAAAAAUCCAGUCGAGCCACCUUAAAGUGGUAAACAGUUCACUCCAAUCAGCAUACAAUGAAUCAAUGAAUGAAGAGUCGUGGAUGAGAGGACAAUAGACGUACCCUCUUACAAUACAUAUUAACAUGUGAACAGUACGUUCGGACGUCAGCAUACAAAGGCGCCAGUGGUAGCCGCCUUCAGUCCAUUUAUGAGCUUACUGUACCCACCCUACCCAUGAUGUGAAUGAUGUGAUGUGUGAAGGUUGACCACAACACCUGGGGUCUACGUACCCUAUACUCUUUUUGAACAGUGAUGUGGGUUCUUUUACGUCCCACAAGAACCAGAUAAGUGUAAGUGCUGUGAGACGGGACCUACGGUUUUUCGUUUUUAUCCGAGAAGAGUAGAAAGGCUAACCGUUUGCAGAUGUCAUUACAAAGGCAGCACUUUCUUCUCAGUUAUUUAAAGACCCUGAGUGUUGGUCCGGCUGGGGUUCGAACCUUAGACCUCCGGCCCAGCAGACCGGCGCUCACCCAACUGACCCAACCAGGCGGCGGUUUGUAUUGUACCUAUCAACUGUCGGCAUGAUAUGGUCAUGAGUGACGACCCAAACUAUAAAUUAACCUUCUGUACAAGGAGUAUUAUUUGCACACCUGUGAAAAGGUCUGUGGGAUCGGCCUUCUCUGUUCAACUCCUCCAAAGGCAAAAAUAUAAUUAGCGUCUAUUUGCCCCUUUGAUAUCGGUAUCAAAGAGAUUCAACUGAACAUUAGAACUCAUCACUCGUUUUUGACAUCCUUUCCAGCUCUUUCUGUUCACGAGUACUUGUCUACGACGAACACCUAUGCGACCGGGACGAUGUGUCCGUGUUACAGAGAGUCAACUAAAACAGUAAAAAAAGAUACGGACCAUUUCUAGGUCCGUUUUAGCGAGGUGUCAGUUUUAUAGAGGUGCCCGUUAUGAGAGACUUGCUGACUGUACCUAGUGUAGAAGCAUUGUUCAUAUAGUCAGCCUUUUCCUUACUAAACGUUUAGGUCACGUGGUACAUGCAUCCAUCUCAUUUUAAGUUGUUGCUGUUACACUUACGUAAUGCUUAUCUUAAAGUAGUGAUUCGUUAUAUCUAAUAUACAUAUAUAUUCUUUUUUGUAGGAACCUACAGAUGAACCGUCAAAUGAGCCUUCAUUCCCAGAUGGGACUUAAGAAGAACCAGUUAAAUAUGUUGUGGUUAUAAUAGUUUAUUUAUUACGGUCCCGUGUAAAGAACAGCAUACCGAUUGACUAGUCAGUGCCCAAAAAAAAAUACAACACUCUUAAAUUCCUGACUCUAUUCCAGACCAAAAUACGCCAUUCUUCACGCCCGUUUUCUGAUCUGGUCUCUAAACUUCUUAGCGGUUUUUAGAGCUGGCUUCUGUACACUGCUGUAAGCUGUACUCGGAUCCGAACCCAUUACCUUGUCCAAGUGAAGUCAACGUACUGUUAAAGUAUUUUGAAUUAUUUCUUAGUACUUGACACUGAACUUCCUUAUUCAUUUGCAGCUUAAAAAGAACAAAUUCGUUGAUAUGCUCUCGUAGUUCCCUUGAAAACCAUGCCCGAUUUCAGACCAUAAUGAGCAAAAUCUACAUCCAUUUUCAGACCAAAACGGCUCAAAAAUCCUAUGUGCAAGUGUGGCACAUACAUACAGCUUAUUUAAGGGAGUGUUCCCCACUGUUAUCAGCCAUCGUCAGAUUUUUCUCAUUGCUACGAUAAAUACCUUUAUAGUUCACACUUAAAACGUUCUCUCUAAAGAUCUGCCUUAACGAGAGAAUGACGUCACUAUUGAACGUAACUGGGAAAAAGAUCGCUUUAAUCACGCUCAUGGUAUUGCGUCUCAUUGCUGGAUGGCUUCGUUAUUCUUGCCCCAGGCUUUUACAGUGGCUGUUUGGUUAUUUAUGUACUUCAUAAGGAGAGUGGAUGUCGGUAAGCGACGUUAGCGAGAUGUCUAGGAAGGAGUCGCCGGGCAAUUGGCUACUUCUCUUUGCCAUCCACAUGGGGGUACCCACCAGAGUUUUUUAUAUAGUGUACCGCCCUAGUUUGUAUCUCAAAAUCCGCGCCAUUUUCAUGACAAGACGUGCAUUGUUCUUUCUGGUUGUUAGGAAAAGGUUUCCCAAAACUAUGAAUUAUCGCAAAACCAAAUCGUUCUGGUAACUAUUCUGACAGUUAAUUGUUUGUGUUAGUAGAAAGGAGUGUAAAGUUUCGUUGGUUAAGUUCUCUUUUCUGCCAUUGCUGUUCUACGCCUUUUCAAAGCAAAAAAACCUGUGAAAUACGCUUUAGAAGUUGUUUAACUAAAUACGAUUUGUAAAGAUUGUAGUCCAUCAAAUUCUUUCUGCCCAUUUGAAUAAUCUUUCUUUUGAAGAAUUCUUUUUUUAAUAUAAAAUGGCUGUAUUUCAUUUAAUUUUGUUUCCGAUAAUACUAACAGGCGCGGAUCUCGGAUAAAUACUGACCGAUUUCUUACAUGAGCGCCGAAGGCGCAAGUUUCUAGGGGGGAUCCAAGGGCUUGCACCCCCUUGAAAUAUUUUGGAUUUUAAAUACCUUAAGUCUCCUUUCCUUUAGGUCUUUGAGUCAUUCAGACAGGAUACUGGCUAGAUUUUAACUUGGAAAGUUUUCUCAUUAAAAUGUAAUUAUUGAUGAAAAAUCUGAGCGAUUUUCGUGAAACGGUGGAAACCGGUGUGGAUCCGUGCCUGACUAAGUUAUAUUGACAUAGUAAGUUUGUAAAUACGGUGGUGCGUAAUUGCUAUAUUAAGUACAUACUUUGCUGUAAAUUACGAGUUGAAAUAAAAU